AUGGGCUUCUUCAAGCACCUCCGCGCCAAAUCACAUAACAAGGGCAAUGACAGCAGUAACAACAGUCCUAGACGAUCGCCAAUUGUCAUCAGACCUGGACGAGACUUUGCUGCCAAACUUCCAAAUGACAUACUCACAAAGAUCAUGGUGCAUGUCGCGCCGCAUACUCAGGACCAAACGUUCGAGCCCAGUGAAAGGUCGACAGCUGGUGAAGGGUGUAUGCUGUGCGAUCUGAGAGACUUGGCUCAGGCAGGACAAGUAUGUCGUCGCUGGUUCAACGCUGCUGCCACUGUCUUAUACAGCAGCGUCCGCAUCGAUGCCGUCCACUACUGCGAACUCGAAGAGAUGCUGGCUGAGAGGAGACAGAAGAAGACAUUCCUCAAGGCUCCCAUCGAGUCUGGCGAUGUUCCUACAAUCAGACUAGCCCUCUUCUCCCGAACCGUACGAGAAAACCCGAAUCUGGCACACGGCGUGACCAUGCUCAAGCUACCAUACAUGACGCGAGAGACCGCAAAAGCCGACCUUGCUCGCACCAUAUCCGUCCUACCGAACCUCAGAUACGUCGAUCUGCCCGACGGCUGUUUCAACGGCGACCCGGCCUGUAUGCCUCUUGUGCACGAGCUACAAGCACGCUGCUCCGACAUCCGUAAGAUGAGCUACCGUCAAGGUUCAGAAGGCUCCUUUGAGCAACUCGCUCGUCGUAAUUGGCAAUCGCUGGAAAUUAUCGAGAUCUCGGGCAUCCACGUCGAGCCCAGCACACUGCGUAUCGUCCUCGGUUCAUUGCCAAAUCUGCGUGAACUCACAAUGAUUGAUCUGUCAUGGUUGGACGAUACCAUCUUUUACCAAUCUCCAAUGCUUCCAGACUUCCCUGCGCUACACACUUUCGCCCUCGAGAACACGCCGAGAAUCACAGCUGAGGGUAUGGGCGUCUACUUUGAGAAGCCCGUGAACCGUAACACUCUCAAUGACCUCUCGCUAAACGGCACUGGCAUCGACCCCAUCGAUCUGCACCAAUUCCUCUUUGACGCCUCCGCCCUCCAUUCCCUUUCCAUUGUCGAGACCGUCUCUAAAUCCCUCGCUCUUUCGCUCAACGACCUACCACCACUCGAGUCCAUCUCCCUCAGAGUCCUACAUUUUGAACUCACCGACUCAGAAGAUGCCCAUGGCCUACAGAAACCUGCUGCUUCAUACUAUGCAUACUUGGCACAGUCGUUGCACGCAAAUGGUCUGCCUGCUCUGUCACAGCUAUACGUUCGCGACCCAGACUUUGCCGAAAUCAUGCUACUGCCCGCACCUCCGACACCGUUCAUGGACGGAGGCGGUAACCAGCGUCAAAGUGUCGUUGGAGCUAUGAACCCUCCACGCGGUCUGCAUCAGCCUCUGGAAGUCUUCUCCAAGGGUCUAGAUGAGCUGGAGUGGGCCUUUACAGCUUACCAACCACCUGCUCCGUCACAAGGUCGCCACGGCUCAGGCAGCAGUGGUCGACCACAGAGUUCUUACGGUGCAGCUCGUGGUCUGGGUCCUCAAUGGGCACAGGGCGGUUUCGGUGGUGACGCACGUAUGAGUGUCAUUGUCGGAAACGGCUACGGUGGUUUCCUCGCGGUCCCACAAGAAGAGGUUUCAAGACCAAGAUCGUCAGCCGGACAAGAGUCUCGCAGCUGGGGCAGUGGCAGCAGCCCUGGCAACGGAGGUGGCGCCCUUGCUGCUCUCGCCGCUAUGGGUACGAGCGUUGGCAGCAGUGCUGGCGGUGUCGGAAGCCGUGGUAGUUGGCUCAAGCCGCCGCCAAAGCUCCCUGGCGCCGAAAGCCACGGUCACAAGCGCAAUGGCAGUCGACAGGACCUCUGGAGAUGA